AUGCGCCUAGCCCUCAAAACUGUCAUCUCCUCCUUUGAACAGAACCCCUCUCGUCUUCCCUCCAAUGUCACCACCACCACCAUAGGCUCCCUUAUCAACUUUUGCCUUGACAACUCAUACCUUGAAUUCAACGGCUCCUUCUACUCCCAAGACGAAGGUGGUACAAUGGGAUCCCCCCUCAUUGUUGAACUAGCUGAAAUCCGCCUUGCUGAAAUCGAGACCUUAGCUUUAUCCUCAUGUCCUGACCCUCCUAACACUUACUCCCAUUUCGUUGACGACGGCCUUGGAUCUUUCAGAGACAGAAACCACGCAGAAUCCUUCCUUACAUUCCUUAACUCCCUUACUGAAGACCUCAACUUUACCCAAGAACAUCCCUCUACAGACGGAACUAUACCCUUCCUUGACGUUCUCAUCCACCCUGACAAAUCCACAUCAGUCUACAGAAAACCCACCCACACCAACCUCUACACCAAGUACUCCUCCUGCACCACCAACUCAUCUAAGAACGCAGUCAUCCGAUCACUGACCAGAAGAGCCCACAACAUCUGCUCACCCCAACACCUUGACGACGAACUCCAAACAGUACGACACGUUUGCCUCCAGAACGGCUUCCCUCCUCACCGCAUCACCACCAUCAUGGACGAAGUACAACGGAAAUUCACCAACCCCUCUCGCCACCAAUCCCUAGCCUCAUUCAACCGACAGACCCGUGAACAUGCCCUUAGUGUUUCUCUUCCUUUCCAUCCCUCCCUAUCCAAACCCAUCUCCAAGAUACUCGGACAACACGACAUCAAAGUCACCCACUCCUCUGCUACCUCCCUCCGCAACCUCCUCACCAAAACGAAGACCACACCCCCUACUCACCUCACCCCCAACACCAUCUACGAAAUUUCCUGCUCACAGUGCCCCUCCAAAUACGCCGGACAGACCUACAGACCCUUGGUCCACCGCAUGAAAGAACACGAACGAUGUUACAGACUCAACAACGCCAUCGACGAAUCCACAGACAGAAUCAAAUCAGCCCCUGCACAUCAUGCCCUGACCACCGGCCACACCAUCUCCUGGAACAACAUCGAAGUCCUCAAAUCCCUCACCUCACGCACCCAACUAGACCUCACAGAACACGCAGCUAUACAAAUACGACAACCAGCUAUGAACAGAACAGACCGCGCACCCAAAUCUAAAGAACCAGAACCAGAACCAGAACCGAACCAGAACACAGAACAGAAACCAGAUCAGAACAGAAACCAGAACCAGAACCAGAAGCCAUGGUCAAAUCAACUCACUAAAAACAAUCAUCUUAGUUUAUGA